CAUGGCCUCUUCACGCUCCUCCUGGACUGCUUUAUUAUGUCUCAUCUCGGUGCUUUCAAGCUCCAUUGGAGUACUGGGCCGCGCACUAGACGCGCAUGGAUCCGUGGAAGCGUCUUUACGCACGGACGUGCUGCGGCACAGGGAACGCUGCGCGGAGUUGACGGCUUCUUGGCUGCAAAAUUCACAAGUCAACCCUCUGGAUAAGUCAACCGUGUUGCGGCUCAGCGUCCGGCCGUUGUCGGCUGGAAUUUCUAGGGGCUCGGUGUUCCCAGAAAAGCCGCUUUUCAGCUUCGUGCGGCGGGUCUAUCGCUGCUGUCAAGACGGGCUGGACUGCAGGAGCGUCAAAGGCCUGCAGGGCGGAUUAGGAUUUAGAGGUUCAGAUGUGGAGUUUCUCCUCAGUAGGGAGAUAUUGGCUUUGACCAUAAGGAGAGCAGAGCUUCACUUGCAGCUUUUCAACCCACAACAUGCGGACAUCCAUCCUGUGCUUCCAUCCAUGGCAAAGAGCGACCUUCCCACCAGGUAUAUCUCAAGGUCACACGGGGACACGGUGGAGCUGAGAGUGGAUCUGCUGUUCUUCUUCCAGAACAUCCAAGAAGCAAUAGGCGGACCAGGAGGUGGCGGUGGCUUGGUGAACAUUCGGAAGGUGUCGCUGUCUUCGUUACAUGAGAAGCUGGGUGCAUUUGAGCUACAGGACAAUGGCGGAGACGCGUGGGGGGAGCUGGGCUUGGCCUUAGGCUGCAGCCAGGGUGGAGUCGCCGUGUCUUGUGAAAGCAGCGGGGUUCAUCUCCUGCACACGCCUUUCCUGGCCCUGUACUACCUGUGACGUCUCCGCUGACGGACGCUAAAGACUAUUAUGACGCAGAACUCCGAGAA